GUUUACUUCCGUGUUGGUUCCAUGUUAAUUUUAUGACGAUUUAACUCUAUUAGAAUAGAAUAGAAUAAAUAUAUAUUUAUUUGUGAAACGAAUCUGGAAUUGUUAACUUGAAUAUUGUAUACUAGCUCGCGGGUGUUACAGACGCACCGACAGACAAGUCAAUUAUUGUAGACGACAGCUAGCGGGUCAACAGUAUCAAGAGCUAUCAAGUCAGAUAUUUAUCGUGCUUGUCGCUAGGCGUCAGAACAUUACGCGCAAUGAAGCGAAUCAGUUUUAGCAUUUUUAUACUCUGUGGACUAUUUGAGUGUGGGCUCGGGAUAUUGUGUUACGAAUGCAACAGUGCUACCAACUUGCUGUGCACAGAAGCUCAGUUGCCAGAUAGUUUGAAGAGAAACUGUUCAGAGCAUGGCCGUGGCGUCACCCACACUUUGUGCAGGAAGAUAGUACAGCAUGUGGACUAUGGGAUUAACGGCCAACUGCCCACCAGCCGCGUGAUUAGGAGUUGCGGGUGGGACGAGUCUAAAUAUAAGGGUGCUUGUUACCACCGUUCAGGAUACGGAGGUCGACAAGAGGUCUGCUCCUGCACUAAGGACUACUGUAAUAGUUCCGAGAAAACUGAAGCGACACUAUUUUCUCUAAAAAUAACGAUACUAAUGUUCAUAGGAACAUAUGUGUGCGAAUAAUUGUUAUUUUACUUUGAAUUUUGAAUUAACAAGAAUGUAAGAAUACUAAGUUAAAUUUUAAUUUAAGAAUAUUGUAAAAAUUAUUUACAUUACAAACAUGUUGAUAAAAUAAAGUGUAUACGAA